UUGGAUAGAAAGGAAAGAAUAAAGAGGGCAAAAUCGAGCUAGGGUUCAAUUCGUCUCUCUCUCUCUCUCUCUCUCUCACUAUCUAUCAAUCCUUAUUUGAUCGUCCGUCCGGAGCCUUUUAGACUGUAAAUCGAAAUGGGCGGCGGCGACGUGGCUGCAGACAGUGGUGAUUCAAGCAACGCCGUUGGAGAAGAGGUGGCUCUUAACAUCCGUUGCUCGAAUGGAUCGAAGUUCGUAGUUGAGGUGAAAUUGAGCUCAACUAUUGAAAAUUUUAAGUCAAUCCUUGCCCAGAAAUGUGAGAUUCCGCCUCAGCAGCAGCGUCUAAUCUACAAAGGUCGCAUCCUCAAGGACGAUCAAACCCUUCAGAGCUACGGGCUUGAGGCUGAUCACACUGUCCACUUAGUUCGAGGCUUUGCAACAUCUGGUCCUACAGAAAAUGCUGCCACAAGUAAUGCUGGUGUUACAACCUCUAAUCCGACUUCAACAACAGAUACCGGUUCUACUGGCGGUAGGCCACUUGGAGGAUCUGGUUUUGGAUCUACAUUGUUUCCUGGACUCGGCCUUGGUGGAUUAGGCAAUAAUACUAAUUCAUCUGGAGCUUCACUUCCGGGAAUGGAGCAAAUGCAGCAGCAGUUAACCCAAAACCCCAACAUGAUCAGAGACAUUUUAAAUAUGCCUCUUGUUCAGAAUUUAAUGAAUAAUCCUGAAACCAUCCGUAACUUGAUCCUGAACAAUCCUCAAAUGCGUGAAGUUAUGGAUCGUAACCCUGAGCUUGCACAUAUACUUAAUGAUCCCACAACUCUUCGUCAGACAAUGGAGGCUGUUCGGAAUCCUGAAAUAAUGCGCGAGAUGAUGCGCAACACUGACAGAGCAAUGAGCAAUAUUGAAUCCUCUCCUGAGGGUUUUAACAUGCUCAGACGAAUGUAUGAGAAUGUGCAAGAGCCUUUCCUAAAUGCAACAUCGAUGACAGGUGACAACAGAUCUGACCCAGCAACAAACCCGUUUGCAGCCCUUUUGGGAACUCAAGGACAGCAACCUAGAAGAGAGAACUCAGCAGGUUCUGGGACAACUGGGUCAGAAACUACUAAUAAUACACCUGCACCAAACACAAACCCACUUCCUAAUCCAUGGGCUUCAGCUGGCACUGGAGUGGCGGGAACUAAUUCAGAUGCACACCCUAAUCCUACUGGAAAUGCAAGGCCUAUAUCACCUGGUAGCACAGGUGGAUUUGGCUUCCCUGAUUUUGAGCAAAUGCUGGGCGGGGCACCGGAUAUGAACUCACUAAAUCAGUUAAUGCAAAAUCCUGCCAUUUCCCAGAUGAUGCGCAAUCUCCUAUCUAAUCCUAAUUAUGUAAAUCAGGUUCUUGGCCUGAAUCCCCAGCUACAAAGCAUGCUUGAUGCCAAUCCUCAGCUUAGAGACAUGAUGCAAAAUCCUGAGUUUAUGCGUCAACUAACUUCCCCUGAGAUGAUGCAGCAACUUCUGGGUUUUUCUCAAGCCCUGUCAUCUCAGUUUCCACGUCAGACAACCCGAGAAACAGGCCGGAUUGCUGGAGGAACAGCUGACAUGGGGUUGGAUUCAUUGAUGAACAUGUUUGGUGCACUCGGGACUGGUGGCGCCGGAAUCCCUACUCCAAACAGAUCUCAAGCACCCCCUGAAGAAUUAUAUGCCACUCAACUAUCUCAGUUACAGGAAAUGGGGUUUUAUGAUACCCAAGAAAAUCUUCGAGCCCUAAUAGCCACUGCAGGGAACAUUCAUGCUGCAGUCGAGCGUCUCUUGGGCAAUAUCGGUUAGUCAAGUAUGAAUGAACCAACUACAAUGCUAAUAUACUUUUAUUACAUCUGUAUAGUCACAGUACCCCCAAGAGUUGUGGGAUGGAUUGAACUUGGACCAUGUAGGUACUGGAUGCACAAUUACUUGUCUAUUUAGUUUUUAGGGUUAAAAAAAAUAGGAGAACAGAGGAAAAAAGAACCAUACACCUCCAGUGUCUCAUACAUACAUAUUCCUGCUUCACAUUUUCAAUACAGUUUGUGGUAUUAAUUUGUUAAUGAUAUCUUUAUCUUCAAUUCGAUUAUUUUGUAUAA